AUGUCGCGCGUGUGGCUGCUGGGCUGGUGCCUGCUCGCCAGUGCAGAGAGCAACAUUGAGGCUCCCAGCGACUUGGAUUGUGGAGUAGUUGGCCUGCAAAAUGGAACGCUCGGUUGCCACCAGGAGGCUACAACAGACUGUCCUGGAAUACCUUUGUUGCGGGGCGUAUGCCCGAGCGAAUGCCCCUUUGUGGUGCCACAUUCUUAUCUCAGUUGCGUAUUUCAGUGCGCCACCGCUUCCACAUGUUCGAUAGCCAAUCCUAAUUUGGCCUUCCCGAACAAUGCCACGCAACUCUGCGAGCCGUGCCAAGUGGUCGGAUGCAAAAGGUGCGCCUCAAAGGACACUUGUGCAGAGUGCUUUGACAACUUUUGGCCUGAAUUUGGAGGACGCGUUUGCGUGUACGUAUGGGAUGACCGGGCCCAACAUGGGAUGAAUGCUGCUUUCGCCUUCAGUUUGCUGCUGAUUCUCAUCCUCCUGGCAGGCGUGUACCUCAUCGACCGAUGCAACUGUUGGGGACGCUGCCUGCCCCAAGAGAUCGAGAGCUCACCUGAUGCGCUGGACGAUGAAGAAGAUGCGCUGGUGCGAGCUCAGAAAGAAAGCAGUUUGCCGAACGAGCUUGGAGGACAAGGGGAAUUGUUGACGUGUGACAUCACUCCCUUGAGCAUCAACCAGGGGAAGCUGCAUCGUUUGCGCUGCAAGGUCAAGAAUCCUGAGCCUCAAUCAAAGCAUAGGGAAGGCAUGCAGCACUCUCAAAGUCUUUUGGGUCAUAUGGAGCGGCAACUUCCUGCUGAGAACCGGGCCUCGACCUUGCUGGGCCGCUUUAAGAACGUGCCCUUCAGUGUCAACUUGCACAAGAAGUUUCUCGUCGGUGUUGGCUUGCCCCUCUUCCACCAGUGGCAUUUGUUUCUCUUCUUGUACAGCUUGGUGAUGUGUGCAGGGACGGCGUGGAUCUACUUUGGAUCAGAUCUCAGCGGCCAGCUGAGCCGUACAGGGUUGGAUCACGCCUCUCAUUUGCUGAUGGAAGAGUUCGAAGUCGGCAAAAGUGCCAUGACCCUUUGCGGACUGAACUCGCAAGAAAACCACCUGGGACUCGCCGCGCAGGACUUUGGUCGCCGGGCCACGUUAGGAUACUCUCUUCUAUGGCUGGUAGGUAUGGUAUUGUCUCUAUGGCAUGCCUUGCGGCAGAAGAGGGCAGCUCACAAUUUUCACCAAAGGCACCCUUCGUUGGCGGAGUUUGCGCUAAGCUUGGAGGGCUUCCCUGCCAGUGCCACAGACGAGGAUGAGAUCCUAAAGUUCGUCCGGCAGAGCUUCGGCAUCCAGGAUUUGCAGAUCUCUGUUUGCUACGACUACCGCGACAGGCGAGCUCGCGUCAGUGAGCUUUGGGAGAAGAUUUUGGUUCGUGAGGACGUCGCUGCAGGUGCAUACCAUCCGAGUUUGGCCGCUGGUCCUUAUGGCAACCUUCGGAGCUUGGGCCUUUCUGACGAUGAAAAGCAGGAAGUGCGGCAAUGGUUGGAUACGAGCCGGCCAGGUGCUCUGAGGAACGCCGGCUCAGUCUUUGUGAUCUUCUCUCACACCUACGAGCUACACUCUGCAGAGCAGCUUCCAGAGAGGUUUGCCCUACACCGCCUGCCGCGAGGGAAGACACCUCUUUUGCCCCACUCCUUGACGCCGGAGUUCCUGCCCUCUCUUCCGCUGGAAUGGGUGGAUGAAGGCGGAAGAAGGCAUCACCUCACUGUGAGGGAUGUUGCUUGUGAACCGCCCGAGGUGGCUUGGGAGCACCUGGGGUUGGAUGUGGCUAGCAUCAGUGCUCGUGCGGCUCUGGCUGGUCUGGCUGUGGUGGUGAGUUUUUGCGUCAUCGCUGCGGUGGUCUUCUUGCCCCUAGCCACCUACAGUAUCAGCUACGUGUCCCAGGCGGGCAGCUUGCCCACUGGUGUGAUGAUGUCGGUGAUGGGAAUUCUGGUGAUGACAGUGAACUGGAUGAUUGGCUUGCUCCACAUUUUUGUCUCGUCGAAAGUGGGUUUUGCCCGUCGAGAUAGGGAAGGCUUGCUGAUUUUCAAGGCUUUCUCCACUCUGUGUUUUGUCAGCUUCCUUUUCAAUGUGGCCAUUACCAUCUUCCCAGAGAGCAGUGCCCAUCCUUUGCGUUUCUUGCUUCAUCCACUUGGCGAAGGUCGUCCAGUCACAUCCAUGCAGGACAUUUCCUUCCAGGUUCGAGCUUCAGUGCACUUGUUCCACGUGCUUGUCCCAGGUAGUCUCUUCAUUGGCUACCUACUCUUCCCUCUGCAAGGCUUUGUGUGGCCUGCAGUUUCCACCAUUUCCUUCUUACGCUUUUGGCACAGCCGGAGCUUCACCUCUGACCUGAAAGCACGUGAGGCCGAAAAGGCGAUGGAACCCUUGGGCAUGAGCCUUGGCCACGACUACAUGGGCUUUGUGGUACAGCCACUCUCCUGCAGCUUGACCCUCUUCUUUGCCUCUGGCGUGGCUUGGCAGACCUUUGCCUUCCUUGCAGCAUGGAGUGCUUUCAUGAUGCCCUUCACGAGGUACAUGCAUUUGCGAGCGAUGCGGCGGAGCUACUUUUCCACCAACCGCAUUGAUAUGGAUGCACUUUUUGCCUGGGGCUUUCCUCAUUCCCAGGUCUUGGCAGCCAGUGCGUUUUGGGCAGCCCGAAUCUACAAUUGGACCUUGCUGGUCGUCCCCGCAACGUGGUUGGGAGCUCUGGCCGUGUACCAUGUGUUGCUCGCCUUCAUAGUGCAACCGCUGGUGCUUCCCAAGGACAGCACAUUCGAAGACGGUGUUUGUAAUGUUUGA